CAUUAACAUUUCAUUUCAUUUUGUUGGAUAUAGUAGCGACAUUAUUUCCGCAUACGAAUAUUUUUGAAAUAAAGUCAGUGGCAAUUUAUAAUGGAAAUUUUUAAUUUUUAAAUUGUUGAAGAAAACAAUUGAGAAAAACAAAAAAGCGACAAAAAUAUUUUUCUAUUGAAUUAAAGAUUAUUAUUUCUUUCUUUUUUUACCUUGGUUAUACACCACUAGUCCAAAUGACUAUGUAGAACAUAAUUGGAAUUAAUGUACACUUACUGUCUGUCUCUAAUUAUAAUUCGUAACAUUUUUCUAGCUCUAGAACCUACUAAAUUUAUUACCGCAUAAUGUCAUAUAUUCAAAAACCUUUGUACUAAAGUUUCGGCCCCUUGUACAUCAUUAUCUCUCAAACUUCUUUAUAUAAUAUCCUAAUAACUCUGACUAUCACGAUUUACGUAUACCAGAAAAAUAAAAAUCUCACCAUGUUGCGAAACAAAAGUAAUAAAUUUUUUUCCAUUAGUAUUUCAAAUCUUUUAUUUAUUUUUCUGAUCCAGCAAUCAUAAUAUUCAAGUCGUAUUUGUGUAUUGUUUUCUUUAUUCUUAAUUUAAAAAUUUUGCAAGUGGUUGAAGAAUCGGUUUAUCGGUUUUUUAAUAAUUUUUGAUCGUGCUAUAUAAUUACAAACAUUCGGGAGCACUCGCGCCGCGAUCGGUUAAGUUUGGUUUAGGAUGAGUUUACUGCGAGCAAAAAGUGCCACAUUGUCGCUUCCAUGCUCACAGUGAGGUCGUGUCAAUGUUUGUUCCAUAUCAUCAUUACUUAUUUGUUUCGUUUGCAAUUGUUAGUCUUGUUAUUUAUUUGUUGUUUGGUUGUUAUAUUAUUACUGAUUGCUGAGUAGUGUAUGACUAACAAUAAUAUAACUAACCGAAAAUUCCGACUUUCAGAUGGGUGGAUUUUAGGUUGAAUUUCAUAUGGAUUGAUUUAUUUAUUAGGUAUAUUAAAAAUAUAAAAAAAAAAUAUUAUGAAAAAAUACAACCGACUUCAAAAUGUUAAUGUACCCACGAAACUAAUAAGGGAAAGAUAACAUUAUUAUAUUUUCUACUUAUUGAUCAUUUUGAAGUCGCUGCCAAGCCCGUCUGAUGUUGACUAAGGUCGUUACUGAAAAAAACACAUGACAGACAAAAAUAACGUCUGAGAAACAAAAAUCUUUACGAUAGGGUACACCUUGAAUUAAUAGAUUGAAUACACUGGCUUGGCAGAAAAUAUAAUGAUAUUAUUUUUCCCUUUUUUAAUUUCGUGGGUACGUUAAUAUUUUGAAGUCGGUUGUAUAUAUUUUUUUAAAUUAUUAUUUGCUUUUUCUCAAUUAGGUCCUUCAACUAUUUUAAAAUCAAAAAUCUCCAUUUAAAAUUGCCACUGACUUUAUGAAAAAAUAUUCGUAUGCGGAAAUAAUGUCGCUGCUAUGUCCAACGUUUUCAUGUAUGUAGAUUUACUUCUUCUCCAUGGAGUAUAAUAUAUUCUUUGGUGCUGUGUUAAUAAAGAUACACAUUUAUUUUAUUCAUAAGCCACAAAGGACAUAAAUAUUAAAAUUAAAAAAUAUGUACAUAAUUAUCGACAAGUUAUAAUUUCAUGUAUCUUUCUCGUCUCUUCAAUUCAUAGACAAUCUAGCAUUACGAAAUGUCAAAUUCGCAACAUUUUCGUUAAUCUGUAGAAAUAAAACUUGUUGUGAUUUCGUUUUUAGUGAAAUAAAUGUGAUAUAAUAGUUAAUUACAAGCAGUUUUUAUGUAAUUCGCGGUGUGCGCGUUAAAUGAAGUGAUGUGUUUAUAAAUGAUUUAGUUUAAACGGACGGUUUGUGAGAAAUAUGUGAAUGUCGUGACGACGGAUCUUUGUUUACCUUUUUUGCCAUGUAAGGAAAAAAAUGAGCGGCCAGUUGAUAAUUGAGUUGAUAACAAAUAAUGCUUAUCAAGACCCUCUUUCGGUGGAGUCUUUUUGCGUGGACUCUUCAGAAACAAACAAUACCUAUGCUAUUGUGUUUAGAGUGACAAUUGCCGAAAAAGCCUCCUCGAGUCAAGUACGAGAAUUAAUAAUAAGUAUAGCGGCCAUCAUAUCUAGCAUAUUCCUGGCUCUGGUUCUAGCCGUAUACACCGUAUUCAGCUCCCUGCGGAACCUCUACGGGAAGAUAAUAAUGUCACUGGCUGCGAGCCAAAUGGCCGCCCACAUCACACUCACAGUGAUCAUACACGUCGUAAACUAUUCUGAAGGGUUACCAGAAGGCUUUUGUUUGGGAGCCAAUUUUUUGUUCUACUUCUUCAUUUUGGGUAGCUUCUUCUGGAUGAAUAUAUUAUCGUACGAUAUAUGGAAACAGUUCAGAUCGAAGCAAUUAAGGUCUUACAGAGAAGAAAGGGGCGAGUACCGGCGAAAAUUCAUUGCAUAUUCCAUUUACGCUUGGGGCACACCUUUGUUAAUGGCGACAGCACUUAUAUGCUUAGAUAUGGACUACAUUGAUGUUAGAAGCAAGCCACGGUUCCUAAAGCCCAACAUUAUAGCUAACAGAUGUUUCUUUGGAAAAUAUGAACGGCUGUACUAUCUUUACACCCCGAUGCUAAUUCUAAUUGGCGCCAACUGGGUAUUUUUUUGCAUGACGGGAUAUUUGAUCUGGAAAACGAAGCGCGCCUGCCGUGGUGUGGGCAUGAAUUCAACGCCCAAUAACAUAAAACAUCGUUUGAUAAUUUUCCUUCGGCUAUCGCUGGUGAUGGGUAUCAGCUGGGUGCUGGAGGUGGUGAGCUCGAUGAAGUCCGAUUCACCCGUGUGGUACAUCACCGAUCUGUACAACAUAAUGUUAGGUGUCGGCAUCUUCAUCAUCACUGUGUGCAACCAAAGAGUUUACAAACUUGUCAAGCAAAGGUUUGGACGAGAACGGACUUACAUAUCCAAGAGUGCAAAAAUAAACUCUGAUACCACCCAGGAAUCCUCAUUGGCCGACGAUCGGUCGAACGAUACGCAAAUGAAAUUAAUUAAUAAGGAAACUGCGAGGGUUUUACCAGAAUCCAAUGUUUAGUCCAAUUAAAAUUACAUAUUUCAAUUUCAAUAGUUUACGGAACUGAAAAAUUGGUAGUACAAGUCUUGAGUAGCUACUUGAUGAACCUUCUUACCUACUAUUAAUCAAAAAUACCUACAUAUUAAAUGUAAAAUACAUAUAAAUGUGAAUAAAAAAGUGUCUGUCUGUGAUUUCAUUUAUUCAAGUCCAUUACUAACAGUGGUGGAUUAACCAGCAGGCUAAGUAGGCUGGAGCCUAGGCUGGUAAAUUUAGGCCAAUAAUUUUCGUCUUAAGGAAAUAAAUAAACAUGAUAUGCAUAGAGAA